CUAUUCAUCAAUGGUUGGAAGCUUUUGUUGAUAUUGUAUAGUAAUCUAAAACAAAUGGUCAGGGACACUAUUUAUACCCUGAAUUACAAUUUUAUAAGCAGAAGAAUUUACCAACAAUGUUUGAAAAUAAGACUUAAAGAUCCCUCCAUUUUACACUACACUCAACAAAGGCUUCAUCAACAAAGAUUACAGCUGCAUCAGCUACAUCAACACCAACAACAAGCAUUUCUUCAACAAGUCAGUAAUCAUCAACUUCAACAACUUUUGCUCAGUCAACAGCAACAAGGCCAGCAGAUUAGAGAGUCACCAAUGAUGAUGCAGCAACAGCUCCGAGGACCAAAUUCACAGGGACAACAUAAUGUGAUGGGAGGGGCACAACAGAUGAUCCCUAAUUCAAUGCAGAUGGGUCAGCAAGGUCAGGUCAUGGAUCAAGAUCAAUCAAACUUAUUAGACAAUUUCGACUUCGAUGAUUUGUUUUAAAAACUUGUUUUCUGUUAUUAUGGAGGAAGAAAAUAUUCAGAAUGAGAUUACAUAUCUUUUGAGAUAGAAGUGCAAUUUGACAUUUUUCAUUAAAGAUUUUAUAAUGACCAAGAAAAUAAAUGUUUUGUCAUUUUAUA